AUGCAGAGUGAAUGUGUUAACUGUGGUGUUACUGAGUGGGUUGACAAGCCCUGGCAUCCAAUUCUUCAGAAUUGCUUGUCCAGGCUGUGGGACAUGUACCAUGAACAGAAUUGUGGCAGGGUAGUUGAUAAGCAGAAGUAUGAGAAGCAUUUGGCCAAGCUUAAGACUGAAAAUGACAAGCUGUGCAUUGAGUACACAAAGCUUGUCCAAGAUGUAUCCAAGAUGUUUGAUUGGCAGGAUGGUAGGGUAGGCCACAUGGAUAAUCAGAAGGCAGUUGAGGAGGAAGAAUUUGAGAAGAAGAAGAAAGAGGUAGAAGAGAGAGCUAGGUUGGAGGUUCAGAUGGAGAAGCUCAAGCUUGCCAAGGAACACAGGUGCAUUUUACAGAGCCAAGCUGACAUUAUCAAGAGUACCAGGAAGGCAAAGAAGGAGGUUGAACAGGAGAGAGAUUUGCUUAAGAUAGAGAAGGCCAAGCUUGAGCAUGUGGUGAAUGAGCUGCUGAGUGAUGGGCAUGCAAGCAAGGAGAAACUUGAGAAAAUCAAGGCCAUCCUUGAUUCAUGA